AUGGCUACUCUAGCUGCCUUAGUCGUUACCUCCGUAGUAGUUAGCCUAUACUAUCUCCUCAAGAUAGGUCGCCGAGAAGCAGGACUACCACCUGGCCCACCGACCCUUCCUCUCCUCGGUAACCUGCUGUCUAUACCGACAAAGAACGCACACUUCCAAUUCACGGCUUGGGGAAAACAAUAUGGCGGCAUCUAUAGCCUUAAACUCUUCCACACCACAGCCAUCGUGCUCAGCGACCGCCGAUUAGUCCGCGAGCUCAUUGACAAGCGCGGCGCAACAUACAACAGCAGACCACCUUUCUUCUUUGCCGAGCACUAUAUUGCCAGGGAUCCAGCGAAUAUUCCCUUGGUCGUGUUCAUGCCCUCGGGAGAUAAAUGGCGGCUUUGCAGAAAGUUAUAUGCACAUUGUUUCAACGAAGCGAAAGUUGAGAGGGAGUACGUUGACAUUGUAGAAGCUGAAAGUAGACAGAUGGUACAUGACUUCUGGCACGAACCAGGAGGUUUUAUGAUGCAUACUUUGCGAUUCAGUAAUAGUAUCAUUAAGAGUUUGGUUUAUGGGACAAGGACUAGACAUGCAGACGAACUUCAAGAGUAUACAGUCAUGUUCGAGAAGUAUGUCGAAUUGCUUGAGGUUGGUGCAAUACCGCCGGUAGACUUAUUACCUUGGUUGGUAUACGUACCCCAGUGGAUGUGGUGGGGACGGUGGAAGAAUUGGAAGAAUAAAGGAGAUGAGAGUGGACAGACUGUUAAUGCUGUCUUCACGAAGAUGGCAGAGCCAGUGUUGGAGAGGAGAAGUCGUGGGGUACGUGCAGGUUCUGUGUAUGACUACCUGCUGGAUGAGGGAGAGAAGGGUAUCAAUCUGACGAGAAGAGAUCUGGACACCCUUGCGGGCUCAUUGAUCGAUGCUGGGAGUGAUACGACGGCAUCUGCUAUACGGGUUUUCAUACAAGCUAUGAUCAAGUAUCCAGGUGUUCAAGAACGAGCUCAUAGGCAUGUUGAUGAAGUGGUAGGAAGCAAAAGAUCACCGAUGUGGAGCGAUGUCGUGAAGCUACCGUAUGUCGUUCAAAUCAUCAAGGAGGUGAUGCGAUGGAGGCCAGUAGCGAGUAUCAUGCCGCAUCACAGUACCGCUGAUGACACCAUCGACGGCUACUUCAUACCUAAGAACACGACUGUCCUCAUAAAUGUCUGGGACCUGAAUCACUCACCAGCCGACGUCAAUACUUGCGAGUCCCCAAUGUCAGACUUCGAUCCUGAUCGAUACGCAACUCGUAUUCACGCCUCAUCUCACUACGCAGCAUCUCCCGAUAUCGCUUCGCGGGACCACUAUACUUACGGUGCUGGACGACGUAUCUGUCCUGGUAUGCAUCUCGCCGAGCGCAGUCUCUUCAUUGCUAUUGCGAAGUUGCUUUGGGCUUUUGAAUUCAAAGAGAAGCCUGGAAGGCCUGUAGAUAUUGACCCCGAAACAGGAUUCAUGGAUGGUAUUGUGAGGACGCCAAAGAACUUCGAAUGUGAGAUUCGAGUUCGGCAGGAGCGACAAGAAAUCCUUGAGAAUGAAUUUGCGGAGGUGAGGAAUUUGUUGGGGAAAUACGAGGUCUAA